UCGGAUUUCCCGUGCCCGCGUUUCGCUGGAACCCGACUGCGAAAGCAGAGUGGCCCCAGCGUGUGCAGCUGCUGACUUCUCCCGCGAGGAUCCGUCGUUGCGUCUAGGUCGAGAUCCGCUUUUCCCGUCUCUGUUCGCAGCCGCGCGUUGUUCUCUGGUUUGGAUGGAUGUAUUUCAACGUCUAGAUGUCCGCAUGUUUCAGUUAUCGUCUCUCGUUUCGCGUACGUGGAAGUGCCGACGGUUUGUUCGUGAAAAGCUAGCACGCUGGUCUGCGUGUCGCUGAGUGGCGCGGCAACCCUGCCAGCGAAAGGCGAUUUCUUUUCCCGUCGAAGGGGUUCUGACGAGUUAGCGAAUCCGAGCUGCAGCUUGUGUCCCCGUCUGCUUUUCUGAGGGUACAAAUUCACCAACACUCCCCAAUGGCGAGACGCUGGCUUUCCGCCCCUGCACAAACAACUCCGAGCUACAUUUAGGAAUCGCGAUGCCCGAAGCCGCUUCUGUUACCCCACUUUUUGUAGGCCACAUCCGCGUGCGAUGCUCGAGUGUGGAAGAAACCGGCAAUUUCACAGCCUCGAGAGGGCACACGUGACGGAUGAGGAGAGAGAGUCGGAGACACCGCGGGGAGACGACCAGCACCUACAAGUGUUGGAGCAGAAACACAGUUCUCCCGGUUGCCUGACACACAGCUUCUCGACAGCCACGUACAGAAAGGAGGCGAGAGGCCGCCAAUGCAGUUGCCCUCGCUUCUCCUGUCCCUUGAAAGAGCAUCUCUCCCUCUGUCUCCCAAAUAACGUCUGUUCUGCCUCCCCGAGUUUCACCUUCCUUGGAUGCGCUACCCCCGGUUGCUGCCCUUUUACUGCUGUCCCUGUGGAUCGUCCAGUGUUCUCCUUUGCGUGUUUGUCCGUCUCCACGCGCUCCGAAACAUCUCCUUGCUGUCUUCUGGGCAGGUCGUCUUUCCUUCCGAUCUCCCGUCACUUUGUAGUCUUUCGAGAUUUUUCUUCUACCUGCUGCUGAUCCGAGCCGCUUGCUCCCUCCUGUCUGUCUGUCGUUGUGGCUCCUGCCCGGCCUCUGCUCUCUGCGUCCCUUGGUUUGCGCUUUCUCGUGCUUGUGUCUCGUUUCUCUCCGUCCCUCGCAUUUUGCGGCCUCACUCGACACUAACAGAAUGUCGCAAGAUUCCUCGCUGAACUCUAUGGCAGGGGGUGCCAUGUUUACGGGAGCUGUUUCUGCGUUUCCUUCUCAUGCGUCUUCUCCCCGGCCCGUGCAAACUGUGGCGGAUUUCGAGCGUAUAGCCACCGCAGCGCUGAGCGUCGAUGCCAACGAGCGAUCUCAGGCUGAGGCACUCCUUCUCCAGUUUCAACAACACAGUGUAGAAUCUCUCGACUUCUGUCUCGCAGUUCUCGAGCAGAGUCGAGAUCCCGCCACGCUCUCCGUCGCCGUCAUUGUGCUCAGAAAUGGAGCGAUCGCCCAAUGGGGACGCCGACAGCUGGCGUAUGAGGCCAGCGUAAAGGCGAACUCGGGCUCCGGAGACACUCUGCGAAAUGAUGAGCUACGAGCACCGCUCCUAGAGUUCGAGUCGAAAGUUGUCUUCCUUAUUCAGGGAAUGCUGCGGCUGCUUCAGGCUCAUGCAGUCCUCCAGGACACCAACUCAGUCCAGGCGACAGACUACCGUGUCUGCGAUCGACAGAUGACAUAUGCGCUUGCGGUAUUACUCAAGAAGGCGCUUGCCAGUGGGACGCGCGAGACUCGCGACGCUCUUCUUCAGAUGCUUUUGAAUCUGCUCGAAGAGAUGAGAACUUUGCUGAUCCCCGCUGGGACUGUGCCAGCUUCUCAGAGACCGCAUUUACAAGAAGGAGCGUCUAUCCUGGAGGCUGUGGAGACGGGAAAGCCUUCGCCACACGUUAGCAACUUUGUGCUUUGUUUGUCGGUGUUGAUGAGUGUGUCCCGCGAAGUGGGCUCUUCGGAUUUGUCGCUCCUUCAACUGACGACACAACAGCACAUCGACUGCAAGAAGCAGUUCGAGCGAGAGAUUCUUCUCCCGCUCGUCGACUUGGAUCUGUCGCUCCUCAAUCUCCUGCUGAAGAAAUGCAGUUCGCUUGAUGCCCAGGCCUUCGCUCCACCCGAAGCACGCAAGCAACGCGACAGCCUCCUGGCGAGCGUGGUGGGGAUCUUGGAGUUGCUGAUGGACUGGAAUUUCGGGCAAGUGCUUCUGCGUUUCGUGACGACGAGCGACGUCUCGUUCGCCCCGACAGCGGAGUGGCUUCCCGUUUUCUUUCCGUCUUCCGCGUCUCCGUCACCAGGGUUUCGGCUCGAGUCUCUGGUCUUCCCGCCGGGUCCGGAGCAGGAACGGCCGAAUCUGUUUGCGCUCAUUCUCGACUUGUACCGGCAUUUGAGCGCUCGGCGCAACGACGACCCUGCGCUGUUCAAGGUCGGUCGCCUCAUCCUGAUGCGCCUUACGCGCUUCAGGGCCCACCGCAUGGUUGGAGCGCUCUUCGGCCCCGGCGCGGGUUCGGCGCCCUCGUCGGUGGGCGCCGUGGUCCCGACGCUCGCUGCGAAUCUCGCGGCAGCGCGGGGUGACGCGAAGGCUGCGGCCCCUGGCGCUCCCCCCCUCUUGCCCCGGAGCUACUCUGGCCCGAUUGGCCGAAACAGGAAACAGCAAGUCACCGAGUUCGUCUACAUUCCUCUGCUCAACGUCCUUCUGGACCUCUUCGAGCAGAGCCCGUUCCUGAAUUCGCCUUUGUGCGGGAAGGGCGUCAACGCCGCCAUUGCGACGGCCAACGCUACCAUCUCCAUUGCAGAGAGCCCUCUCGAGCUGUCGGAAGACGACAGCGAAAACAUUGCAGAAAUCCAAGACUUGUGCCUCGCUCUCCACAACCUGGCAGAAUGUAAUGAAGCUGUUCCGGAGUACCUCAUGGACGGCACCGCGACCAAGGCGCUUCCGCUGUUUGUCCGAGUCGCGACGGCGUUGAUGAGUGUCAUCCUGCGCUCGGAUUUGCACGAGGACCAGUCACACGCUUCAGGAGAGUACGAAGAAGGAGUGGAGGCUGCGGUAGGCUCGCUCGAGGUGUUUCUUCAAUCGUGGAGCUUGUGGACAGACAAGCUGCAGCAGCAGGUUCUUCAGCAAGACAAGCCCGCGCCGUCGCAAGCCCAUCAAGGUCAAGAGGGGAAUGUGCCUGCCGUAGCCGGCAUCAAGCAGCGACAUUGGUGGACCGCGUUUCAGCAGUCCAUGCAGUUCGUUUUCAACGUCUUCGUUGGACAAGCUUUGCCGAUUUGCUGUCACCGCGACACAGACGUGUCUUGCCCUAGUGCGGAUUCGAAGGGUACGCAUGCGUCGUGUCCAGCUCGAAAUCUACUCGGAGGAGCUGGCGGGUCGCCUCUCGACGACUUCCUGCGGUGUUUCGCCAUGGUUGGACGGACGCUCCUCUCUGCGUCGCUCAUGCAAACGUGCCAAAAGCUGGUUUUCCUUAAGGAGCAGCUGACUGCGUUUCGGCGCGAACAGGCAAGUGCGCAGACCGAGAGCGCGUGGACGUCCUCUGCAGGUGCCCACCUUUUGGCGCAACAGAGGAGAGGCGAGCAGAUUCUGGACGAGCUGAAUUUCACCCUUCAGCUCAUUCAGCAGUUGGUCGCUGUGCCAUCUUCCGGAGAAGGCAAGGGCCAGCGACUCACGGCGCCGAUCCAAGUCCUAAGAGACGAGGAAACGCAGAGACAGGUCAUCCAGGUCUCGAGUCAGGUUUUUUCACUCCUUCAAGAAGAAGUGAAUCUGCUGAAAGAGCAGCAAGUGCGCACGUUCCCUUCCCACUUCAUUGGUGUCUCGUCAACUGUCCUGGAAAGCGGCGUAAACAUCUUGUCUGCUAUCAGCGCAGCGUACCUUCUGCGGUCGCGGUUCAAUCAGCCCAUGCUUGCGGAUUUCAUUCUUCCUGAGAAGGGACAAGAAGCGAUGAACAUCAUUGUUCAGAUUGUCGCCGAGGUUCUCCACCUGCUGCCCCAUGAGGAAUCGCUGACGCUCAGCUGUACACGGACGCUUCAAAUCCUGUCGUCCGUCAGCAGUCCUACUGUUGCGUACUUGUGGGAGAGUCCUGCUUUUCAGUCGCUGUUCAGUGCGUCGGUGGAAAGCUGCGCCUCGCUGCUUCCGUCUGCGCCUGCGCCUGCGCCUGCGUCAGCUGGCGUGAAACAGUCAGCUCAGAACGAUGAGAGGCCUCCUGCCUCGUUCUCUUCAUUUACUUCUGCACGGCGGCGGCUCCCGCCUCUCCAGCAGUUGACACAGAGGACCAUUCGCCGUCUGUAUAGCUCCUUUUCGGCGUCCACGGCCAUGAAUGAGCAUCUGUGGGGACUCGCUAAAAUGCAUGUUGCCGAGCAGACGUUAGAACGGUCCGGCACACUGCUUGCCACUGAGGUUGUGGUUUCAAGACAGCAAAGCCUCUUUAUCAAAUGCGAACCUCUCAAAGCAAAUCUCCGUCACUUGGCGUCGAACCCAGCGGACACUCACCCUCUUGUGUUCCAUGCGCUGGGGAAUUCGUUGUCUAUGGCAAUCGGUCUCUUGGACGGAUGCUCGAGCCAAGGCAUCGGCGCGUGGAUUGCGUGGUUCCGGGAUGCGCUCGACGCCGUCUUUAUGAUUGCAAACAAAUAUUUGCAAUAUCCUCAUAUUCUGCACAAUGCAUUGAAAUUCUUCCUCCAGCUCAUCAAGAGGGGAUACAGCUGUUUCGAUCAGACUGCCGCCGUCUCUCUAUUCACACAAUACAAGGCGCUCACUCAGCAAAUUGGCAACUACUACUCGACUUUGGUAGUCGGGAGCCAGGAUGAAGAAAGCAUCUUUGGAAAUCUCAAACAAAGCUACAAGGUGUUCCAGCUGCUUGCGGCGAACAGCAAGGACACGCCCUCGUUUGGCUGGAUUGCUGAAAUGCUCGUCGAGUGCAUGCAGACGCUGCAGCCAAUGACCGCGAAGCUGCGGCCACACGAAACUCCAAAGGUUGCAGCACCGUUCCUCCUUUGCGUGCAAAUCCUCGCCGAAGAAGAUUCGAAGAAAUUUGUGGGCCUCGUUCGAGACGUCGACGUCAAGGUCCUCAUGCAAGUGCUGCGCGAUGCGGUGAUGGCGGAUGCGGCGCGGAUACGACAGCCAGCAUACGAAAUUUUGCACUCGUUUUGUCGAUAUCUAAUAUCGUUGCAAGUGUCACAGCAGGUUAUCGACUUCUCCAUGGAGAGGCCUGCUGGGCGCGCAGAUCCUUUCACAUCGCCGGCUCCGGGUGACACAGUCGGCCAGUUGUUCUCGCAGUCGGCACAGCUUUCUCUCGCACUGCUUGCACAUGCUCUGAGCAGCCCUCUGUCAAAUGCAGAUCUUGACUUCUUUUCUGACUGUAUCUUCGAUCUCUUUUUUAUGGUCGGCUUGCGCGCGUACGCCCUGCACGCACUGCUCGCGAACUUCACACAGAUGUAUGCUGCCAACUUAGCCACCAGUAGUGGCGGAGCAAGCAACUCUGCGUCGCAAGGCAGGGCAAUGGUUGGCUCCGGCGUGUUGCCAGCAGCUGUUUUGGAGACGCGGCUAGCUAGUCUCAUGCAGACGAUUCUUCAGGGAGAGAAGGAACUUGUCGGAGUGCAGUACGGGAACCAACCCAGUGGCACUGGGGGUAUAGGAGAGAAUGCAAAUGCACAGGAGUCCCAAACUGUUUUCAGGACGUUUUUGGAAACGGGGUCGUCCAGUUUGAUCAAAUAUCAAAAGCAACAGCAUGCCUUCCGCGAUCUCUUCAAGUACUUCGUUGUCGAGUGUGCCUCUCCUGCUGCCGCUGGCAUUGGGGGAGACUCCGCACGGCCAUAGAGAAUCAGUGGGGGGACAAAGUGCAUGGAUUGUCAAGUAAGAGCAGAAUGUCAUCGUGGAGCCUAACAGUAAAGCUGCGGGCGUGGGAGGAAUGCAAAGCGCUAUUGGAGCAGGGAUGCAAUGCAUCAGCAUCAGUGUUUGAGGCCGGAAACGGCUAGGAAGGGAAAACGUCGUUCUGCCAUCGACGUGAUGUUUUGUUACGGUCUCCGAUUACAAAGGCAUGCGCUAUCACAAGACGAACACGUUUUGUGUUUGUGUAGCACUUUAGAGAGACAUAAAAGGUGAUGGGGCUUCGCCCCGUUGUGUUGAGCGUUCAAACAGUCCACAAGGUAGGGUAAGCAAAGCGUAGACUUGACGUGAGCAUCAGAAGAGCGCAUCAACUGUUGUUGAACCAAAGAACAUUGCUGUCUCGCCCUUGAGUCGCGGUAGGAUGUGUCAGAAAACGAUGUGCGCAACAUGCUAUUGGUCGCACUAUUUGUUUGCUGUGUGUUUCUCGAAGCAGCGUGUGCUUGUGUUAAAAACAGAGACUCUGCAGAAAGCUUCGGGAGGGGACACUGUUCAAAAUUUUCACAGGAUGUUUGCCUUGUCGCUUCAAUACAACUUCAAUACAAUGGCCGGUGCGACCGGUGGAUGAUUAGUAGGCUUAGAGGGGGCAUCGAGGGUGAAAUGCGUAGUGUGUGGGAAACGAAUCACGAAGUACUAGCUUUCUGCUAGAAACAU